CUCUCCAUCACCACUAUAUGAAAACCGUUACAAACAGUUGGAACCCAUCAACAAGGGUGUGCUGGCCAGGCUAACUGACUGUCUAUUGUGUCGGUGGUCGUGUCGCUCAUGUCUGUUGUGGUGUUGGGAGUGCUGCUUUCCACCCAGUGAUGAGGAGGUGGAGAUACUGGGACCCUUCCCUGCUCAGACCCCCUCCUGGCUAGUGAACGAGUGUGUGGAUGAGAAGGACACUGAUACAGGGGUCACUCAUGUUGACUCCAUGGCAAUACCGCAGGACAGUAUUCGGACCCGGAGACGUUCCAGCUCAGAGAUGUCCCGAUCCACCUUCAGCCUGGUCCGACAACUCUCCAGUCUAGACGCCCGCAGGCCCAGCUCUCCGCUGGUUGAUGUGAAACCCAUUGAGUUCUGGGCAAUGGGCCCCAGGAAGGAGGUGAUCCAGCCGCUGCGUCGACCCCAGCCCCCUCCGGAUGACUACUUCAGGAAGUUGGAGCCACACCUCUACUCUCUGGACUCAUCCGGAGACGACGUGGACUCGCUAACGGACGAGGAGAUUCUGCUACGAUACCAACUGGGCAUGCUCCACUUCAGCACACAGUAUGACCUAAUCAACGGCCACCUGGGCGUUAGGGGUGAGGCUCGCGACCUGCCCCCACCUCUGACCUGUGAUGGAGCCCGCCAGGACAUGGCCCACUCCAACCCAUACGUCAAGAUCAGCCUGCUGCCGGACCACAAGAACUCCCGGCAGGUACAUUUUUCUUCUUCAGACGGGGUGAAGAGGAAGACACAGAACCCGGUGUUCGAGGAGCGGUUCACCUUUGACCUUCUGUUCCUGGAGGCCCAGCGCCGCACCCUGCUGCUGUCUGUGGUCGACUUCGACAAGUUCUCACGACACUGUGUCAUCGGCAAGGUGGCGCUGCCUCUGAGUGAGGUUGAUCUGGUGAAAGGUGGUCAUUGGUGGAAGGCCCUGGUACCUAGUUCUCAGAAUGAGGUAGAGCUGGGAGAGCUGCUGUUAUCACUCAACUACCUGCCCUCUGCUGGAAGACUCAACGUUGACAUCAUCAGAGCGAAGCAGCUGCUGCAGACAGACAUGUGCCAGGGGUCAGACCCGUUUGUGAAGGUUCAGCUGGUAACAGGGCUGAAGCUGGUAAAGACCAAGAAGACUUCCUGUAUGAAAGGAACCAUCGACCCCUUCUACAACGAGUCGUUCAGCUUCAGAGUCCCCCACGAAGACCUCAGCGAAGUCAGCCUGGUAUUUACAG